AUGGCUGCGAGCCGACGCGAGCAACAAGAAGUGGUGCACGAAUCAGCGCAGACCACAAAGACACUUAAUAAGGCGGGUCAGUACGUCACAGUGGAGACCAACGAAGGCACCCUGCGGGGAGUGGCCACCACUACAGUGAACGGCACAGCUUACUACCGCUUCUCGGGCGUUCCUUUCGCAGCGCCUCCGCUCGGUGAGCUGCGCUUCAAGCCGCCGCAACCGCACCCCGGCUGGGAGGGAGUGAGGGAUGCCCUGGAGGAAGGCAGCGACUGCCUGCAGGUGAUGCCGGGGGGCGCAUCGGGUGCCGAGGACUGCCUGUAUCUCAACGUGUACACGACCUCGGUAAGGCAGUAG